UUGAUGAUGACGUGAGCACUGACAAACCAAGCCCAACAAUGCUUAGUCAAUUGCAGAGUUCAAAAUGACCAAAAUUUUUCACUCAGGCACCCUUUAAAUACCCUGCUAAAACAUGCAAGAAGCAGUUCAAGGCACAAACAAAAGAGAGAUAAGAGUUGUGAAGGGAAACUUAUUAGAUCAAUAGGAUGGCAGAAGUGAGCAACAAACAGGUUGUGGCUGCACGUGACAUAACUGGUAAUCCAAAAGAGAGUGACAUGUAUUUGAAGAGUUCCACCAUAAGCUUGGAACUUCCUCCAGAGGCUGAAAAUGCUGUGCUUGUUAAGAAUCUUUACUUAUCUUGUGAUCCUUACAUGAGAGGAACCAGGGGAAAGGAUGUCAAACGCCUCUUCCAUUCUUUCACUCCUGAUUCACCAAUAGUUGGGUAUGGAGUAUGCAAAGUAGUGGAUUCCAAACACCCUGGAUUCAAGAAAGGAGACUUGGUGUGGGGAGUGACCAAAUGGGAAGAGUACAGUGUGAUCACAUUGACAGAUAGCCUCUUCAAAAUUGAGCAUACAGAUGUACCUCUUUCCUAUUAUACUGGACUACUUGGUAUGCCUGGUAUGACUGCUUAUGCAGGUUUCUAUGAAGUUGGAGCUCCAAAGAAAGGAGAUUAUGUCUUUGUAUCUUCAGCAUUUGGUGCUGUUGGUCAACUUGUUGGUCAACUUGCAAAAUUGAUGGGAUGUUAUGUUGUUGGAAGUGCUGGCAGCAAAGAAAAGGUUGAGAUUUUGAAGAACAAGUAUGGGUUUGAUGGUGCUUUUAAUUACAAGGAGGAACAUGACCUUGAUGCAACAUUAAAGAGGUUCUUUCCGGAAGGCAUUGACAUUUACUUUGACAACGUUGGGGGAGACACACUUGAGGCAGCACUUAUUAACAUGAGAAGGCGCGGCCGAAUCGUAGUGGCCGGAAUGAUAUCACAAUAUGAACUUGAUGAGCCUCAAGGCAUAAAGAACUUGCUGAAUAUAAUUUAUAAGCAGAUUAAAAUAGAAGCCUUCAUAGUGUUUGAUUAUUAUGAACACUAUCCUAAGUUCUUGGAGAUUGUUGUGCCUUACAUUAAAGAAGGCAAGAUAUCAUACGUCGAAGACAUAGCUGAAGGCAUUGAGAAAGCUCCGGCAGCUUUAGAAGCAAUGUUCACAGGCCGAAGUGCUGGCAAACAAGUUGUUUUAGUUGCUAAUGAAUGAACUACUUUAACCUCUA